GUUGCCAUAGUGAUUCCCUUCAGGAACCGCCACGAGCAUCUCCCCAUCCUCCUGCGCCACCUCAUCCCCAUGCUGCAGAGACAGAGGCUUCAGUUUGGCUUCUAUGUUGUGGAGCAGACUGGAAGAGAGCCCUUUAAUCGUGCCAUGUUGUUCAAUGUGGGCUUUCUGGAGGCCAUGAAAGACAAGGCGUGGGACUGUAUGAUCUUCCACGAUGUGGACCACAUCCCAGAGAACGAUCUUAACUACUACGGCUGCAGGGACAUGCCGAGACACUACUCUGUGCUGCUAGACAAGUAUUACUAUGCGCUUCCAUAUGAGGAGUUCUUUGGGGGAGUCAGUGGUUUAAAAGUGGAUCAUAUCCACAGAAUGAAUGGUUUUGCCAACGGCUUCUGGGGCUGGGGUGGAGAGGACGAUGACAUGUGGAACAGGGUGCACAACGCUGGCUACUCUGUGAGCCGACCUCCAGGGGACAUUGGCAGCUACACGUCCAUUCCUCAUCACCACCAUGGGGAGGUGCAGUUUCUCGGCAGAUACGCUCUACUCAGGAAAUCUAAGGAGAGGCAGAAGGUUGAUGGCCUAAAUAACUUGUACUACUCCCCUCUAGUGGUGCGGAGGCCUCUGUACACUAACAUUACUGUGGACCUCAGCAGGGACUCGGCUCCCCUGCAGAACUAUGACUGA